AUGUUCAAACUGCAAAAUUGGUGGACCACAUGGGAUGAGAUUCACAGUAAUAACGGCUUCCACGCUGGCGCCUUCCAACGGAGCAGCCUGAAACUCAUGCUGCUUUAUGCAAGAAUCUUUGUGCUAUGCGCCUCUUUAGCACGUAUUCAGAAGCUGCAACCCGGUUCCUCGAAUUUUGAAUCGGAAGAAAUCGAUCAAAAUGGCAUGGGUUUAUGGCAAUCUCUGGUCACCACCGUCAUGGAUCAAAUGGCUUUUCUAAUUGCCGAGCCAUCAUACCGCUGUCAGUUCCCAUGGGCCCCGACCUAUCCUGCCUUGACGGUUGCCUUUGUUGCUACGUUCGCACUUCGAAUCGCUCGUUGGCGUCCUAAUUUGAUCGAUCAGAACCUUCUUCUAGAUAGAGCCGAAAGGAUAUGCGACUUUUUGAAGCAACCACCCUAUCCUGAUAUUCACCGCACUGUCUCCAUCUUUGUGAAUUAUGCUCGCGCUCUCAUUGCUAGUCAGCGGCCGCAUAGCAAUGACCGGCCACAUAAUGACAGCACUGAGGAACACAACGUAUCCGAACAAGAAGAUGGGCCCGUGCCUUCUUACAGGGGUCCAGACAGUCCUAUGCAGAAUGCCCCUCCUUUGGCACCACCCUUUGAAGAUCCUCGGUACCGAGCCGGCACGGCAAUCUCCAGUGACAAAGAUUCAAACGUGGUCCCAAUGGCAAGUGGUGAUGCAGCAGCAGCAACAACCAGACCGCCUCUUCCAAGGUUACCUGACACGAUGGAUGCGCCUACCUGGACGAUGUCUAAUUCCAUCGCUGAUUCGUUUGGUCUUUUUGAAGAAGGCCAAAACGACAUUUUUGACUUUCUGCCCAUGAUGCCCUCUUUGCCAUAA